GAUGGCGGAAGCAGUGGUACAGAAUCUAGAGCAGACUGGAGAUUCCAAAUUUUAUUGUCACCAGUGUUCAGUUGAAAUAAAGCCUAAGUUACCAGAUUUCACUUGUCCUAGAUGUGAUAAUGGAUUCAUAGAGGAAAUUACUGAGAACGGCAAUGAAGCAGCAGGGGGAUCCAACUCAGAAGGCAGCCACCAGAGAGCUGACCCAGCAACACAAUUUGCAGAGCUUUGGGGAAGGGCUUUCCUGGAGAGUUUUCGGAACCACACAGCAGAGCGUGAUGAGGGUGUGGCUUGGGCAAGGGACCGUGACUCAGAUGAUGAAGAGAGGGAAGGCACCUCCCGCAGACAGAACAGGGCCUUUCAGCCCCGUGUCUCAUACAGGAGAACUAGACCUUUACGGAACCAAUACCUACAAGGGUUGUUUCAGUAUUUCUCCGAACGUUUAGAUGAUGGAAUAGGCCAUGCUGGUGGUGGAUUUGGAAUGCCAGGCAUUCCAAUAAAUAUCAUGCCUAUACAUGGUAACCCAGAGGACUAUGCAUGGGGCGCAGGUGGAUUGGAUGCCAUUAUAACACAGCUUCUGAACCAGCUGGAGGGUUCUGGUGCACCACCCGCUGGUCAGGAACGAAUAGAUGCUCUUCCCUCUGUAAAAGUCACCCAGACACAAGUUGACAAUGUUUUACAAUGCUCUGUUUGUAUGGAUGAUUUUAAACUCGAUGAAGAAGUUCGAAAGCUACCCUGUGAUCAUCAUUACCACAAUGACUGCAUAGUGACAUGGCUGAAAAUGCAUGGCACUUGUCCAGUUUGCAGAAAAGAUUUAAAUGGAGAAGACACCUCAAUGAAAGACACUAUAACUCCAAUAUUAGAUGAAGGCUCAGAGUCAAACAGUGACAGUUCUGGAAGAGAGACCUAGAUUUGUUCUUACAUCUUGUGAUAUUUUUUUUGAGGCUUUAAUAUGUCAGAUGUUGCAGUUGUUGGUGUUAUUUUAUACUACAUUUGGGGUGUAUUUGGAAAAGCACAUGCUACUUGAUUGGAAUGGUCACUAUUCAUUGAAAGCGCCUGUCUUACCAGAUCACUUGUUGAUGCUCAUGACUUAAUAAGCACAAAGCAGGUCUUUAAUGAGUUUUUUUUCUUAAACUGCAACUGUUUUCUCUGUGAAUCACCAUUUGUAAACAAGACAAUUCUGAGGUCAUGUAGUGAAUGUAUGCUUUUGCAUUGCCAGUGGGUCACACAACACUGAUAUUAUUUUGGACAGUGAUUUUAUGGUAUAUAAAUCACACAAAAUAACAGUUUGACAUUGUUCCAUAUAUAGAUUGACCUUCAAAUUGAUAAAGAGUGAUUUAGUUUACAAUAUAAUCUGACAGUAACUCACAAUCCUGUUCUGAUAUUGUAUCGUGAUAACUACUUUGUUAGAGUUGUAAGCUGAAAAUGAUAGAAAAUAGACUAAAUAUAACAUAAACCAGGUGUUCAUCAUAGCUUUAGUUAGCAUUGAUGGAAAGUGAUGAAAAUUGAUCAGACGUAACUUGGCUUGUGUUGGUUUCAGUUCACUGUUACUAUAAAUUAAUAAAAUGCUUUCUGCUCAAUAAUAGAAGGUAGUAUUGGUGGGUAGUGAUGUAUUUUGAUGUGUAGGUUAUGGAUCGCUUUUCUAUUGGGUCAAGGUCAAGGUCACUCUUUCUAAUAGAAAAAUAGUUUUGGCUCGAUAACUUCAAUAAGGAAUAAUUUAUAUUCAUGAAACUCGCUGUGUGUUAAGCUUAUGUGAAGACAUACCCCAGGAUUGUUUGGGUAGUUACUUAAUAUUGACAAUUGUUUCCACUCAAUAUCUUAAGUAAGGAUUGAUUGAUAGUGAUGAAACUUGUUAUAUUGAAAGCUAAUGUAAAAAACAUAAUUUGGAUUUCAUUUUUGGUCAGUGGUGCCAAAGUUCCUGAUUGCAAAUAUUAAAAAUCUUGUUUUGCGCAUUGCAGUAUAUUUGAUAACUGAUAUGAUUUGGUAAGUGGUUAAAAUUAAGAGUUUGCUGAAUUAAUAUUUAUGAUUUGACAAAAAUGUGUUGAUCAUUCACAUUCACAAUUAGUGAUUCACAUUUACAUUACUAAUAAGGUGUAUCUGUUUUGACUUUUCAAUUUAUUUGGGUUUGUUAAAACUUAUCAUCUGUAACUAUACAUUUAACUAUGUUAUAGAAUAACGAAUAACACAUUAUUUUUUCGUCUCUGGAUAAAUGCUGUUGGCAAUAAUAAAAUGUUUGCACAUAAAGCCAAUUUGCCUUCAAAACAUCUAUAAAAUGAAGUGAACAAACUUCUGAAAAACUAAAUGGUUUGAAGGUUGCUUACUGAUACAGAUGAUCGUUGGCCCAGCCGCGAUCUUGUCAUGUUCCAGUCAUAAAGAGAUUACUUCUGUCUUAGUCAUCUACAUAAUAAUAUAAUUAAAGAAGUCCAAACAUUGAAAACUUUAUUUUCCUGUCAGUGUUUCGGCAAACAUUUACAUCUACAUAAGCAUAGCAUGUUCUUAUCCAGAUUGCUUUGAGAUAAUUUUUAAAAAGCUUGAAAACAAAUGCUAGCCUGUAUAUGCAAGAUCAAUGUCUAGAGCUCAAAGGUUUAACAUGUAAGUUAAAAAAUACAUAUACCGUUGCAUAAUUAUAGAAAGGUAUUUUAGUAUUGUCAUUUUAGUACUAAUAACUUUGUUAUGAAAAAAUGUUAAGAUUUUUUAAUAUAGCCUCCUUGUUGUUUCUUUCACAUUUCAUUUUUUAAGUAACAUAAGCAUAUCUUCAAAAUCAUUUUUUUUCUCAUAAGUCGUUGCAAUCUAGCCUCCUGGGGGAAGUGUGCUUAAUAUAAAUGAUCUAUUAAAUUGACACAAUUAUAAUCAAUACAGUACACGGACAAUAAAAUUGUAUAUUGAAGACUUGAAAAAUAUUGACGAAAUCAGAAAGUGCAAAUAUGGAUUGACCAUUUGAUUUGUUUCAUACUUUCAUAGAACGGUUGUUGGAGUAAAAAUAAUUAAAGAUAUUGUAUAAUCUGUUAAUCUAUAAAUUGUUAUACCUGGGAUUAGGAACUUAUAAAAAAAAUAUGCUUUUUACCCAAAUGCGCUUAAAAUGAAAAAAAUGCCGUAUUUACGCAGAAAAAUGCGCUUAAGUACAUAAAUGUGCUUUUAAUGCAGAAAAAACUUAUGUGCUUUAAACACAGAAAAUCGGCUUAAGUACAUUAUUGAGCUUUUAGUCCAAAAUAUAUGCUUUAAGUGUAGAAUAAAUGCACUUCACACCAAAAGUUUACUUUUUUCAAGUUUUUAAUUCACUCCGUUCAAAAAAUACGCUGCCAGUAUACUGCUGCGUUUAAUGCAGAUUAAAUGCGCAUUUAACACACUUUUUUGGGAAGGAUAGUACCAGGUUUUAUUUUCAAUGCUUGGUACACUUUCGAAUGGUUAAUCAUUGUUUUGAUAGUUUGAUCAUUACUUACUAACAGCAUAAUGUAGUACAAUAUUACAAAAUAUAGUUAUGCUUUUUGCCAGUAGUGUCAAAAAAUCAUAGAUUUAUUUACAAAUAUAACACUCUGUUGUUUACUCAUAAAAGAGACUACUCCUAAAUUAUUAUCAUUUCCUUGUCAAUAUUGCCUGUACCAAUUAUUAUAUAAAAACUGAAUGUAUUUUAGGAUUUGAUUUUUGUAAUGUACUGUUUAAUACAUGUAAAAUAAAGGAAUUGAAACUGUG